GAGACAUUCACUACAUGACUCAACCUACCAUCUACCAGUUACCUAGUAAUGACAGAACACACUAACAACAAAACUGUUGGAUUUCACGGAAUACUUGAUUACCAUAUUCCCUAACUGCCGGAGAGUUGUAGCUUUUUCAACCAACGGAACUCUGACAGAUGGAUGUGAAGAUGAAAUAUCAAUGACAGAACACACUGGCCACAAAACUAUUGGAUUUCACUGGAUACUUAAUUACCAUAUUCCCUAACUGUGGAGACUUGUAGCUUUUUCAACCAAAUGAAACUCUGACAGAUGGGGGUGAAGAUUAAAUAUCGAUGUUAAAUGCGGAGGCGUAAUGGUGGGGUUGUGUGUGGAUACAUCUGACAGCAGUUGACACAUCAUACGAACAGAAGAAAGAAACGCUAGUGCUUGAGGAUCCAAAUGGUACAAACCCCUGGAUGUGGCUAAUUUGAGGACAAUUAUGAAAGUGAUGUUUUUUGAGUGGUCGCUUGCAAUCCUGCUCUCCAUACAGCUUUUGGUUUUAGCAUCGGAGCUGGAGAUGAUUGACUAUGAGAGUCAACACGUCACCUGCUCAAAGGGUCUCUCGAACUGCACAGUGAAGGCAUGUGCUGGGAUUCCGAUCCAAAAGUGUCCUGUGGAUGUAAAAGGGCUGGCGGGGCAGCCUGUGCUGUGCUGCAGACAGGACACGGCAUGCAGACCUUGCCUACACAUUCGCCUUGACAUCCAGCCCAGAAACGACCAGACAGCAUCGUAUGUGAGUGUGUGUUACACUGUGCCACAGCUAAUAAUGCCUCUGUGCAAAAAGCUCGAGUUCACAGUGAUCCCUGCUGCUCCGGAUGAGCAGGCUUCAUCAAAGCAGGCCUGGCUGUCACUGCUGCUUGAGUCUAAUGCCCUGUCCUUCAGCAGUCAGGUGACUGUGUAUGCUUGCAACCUUCACUCGACUGUGAUGCUUCCGUCAGUGGAUGAAGUGUGUUCAUCCGCCUCACAGGGAGUUGUAGAGGAAUGUGAAGUCCCCAGUUUCAGCACUCUAAUUGAUCCGGAGAGACGUGAGGUGAUGCUGCAAGUCGCAAAGGAAGAGGACAGCCCCUACCAACUAGAAAUGUGCCUACAACAUGAACAUAAUGGAAUGUGCAGGACCUGGAAAGAGAAGUCCCUUCCACUGCACUCUGUCACCCCCUGCAUGUGCUUCCAGUUGUGGUGGGAUAAAGGAGACGAGAGGUCUCGUCGAUCUAGGAGCUGUCCUUUUAGGAACAACACCGAGCUGUUCCAGAGGAACCUAUGGGAGAAUGUGUCCGUAUCUGUGGUGCGAGGCCAGAUGAACAGUGGCGGUGCAAUGCUGUCCUGGAACCUGACUGCCCCCUGUAGGGUGGAGGCUGAAGUGUGGCCCUGCCAGAGAGAUGCAGGCGUGGACAAGGAUAGAUGCAGAGAGCUGGGGGACAUUAGGCAGCGUCUGUCAAAUGACAUAUGGAGGGAACUUGACAGGGGACACUGGCUGAUGCCAGGUGUGUUUGAGGAUGUCAAACCUGGCCUUGAUCUCUGUGUGAUGGUGAAGGUCAAAGGGAAGAACAGUGAGCUUGGCCCCUUCUGUCCCAUUGACUCCAGAUGGUGGCACUGGCGCUGGAGUCUGCUUGUCCUGGUCACCCUGAUGCUCGUCGGCCUAGCAGGAAUUUGUCUCUAUUUCCUGCAUGGCAAACUGAAACGGUGGGCAUGGGAAUGGCACCAGAAGGAGUGUGAUCAACUACCCAUAAGGGGCCACGUGGUGCUGCUGAGCCCGCCGGAUGUGGAUAACUCUGUGUCAGAGCUGGUAUGUGAGCUUGGCUCCUCUCUGCGUGCCAGGGGCCUCAGUGUGUCCGUGGACCUGUGGAGUCGGGCUGAGUUGUGCUCUCUGGGGCCCCUGCCCUGGCUGCACUCCCAGCUGCAGCCCAUGGACAGCCAGGGGGGCCGGGCCUUACUGGUACUGACGCAGGCAGCCUGGAAGAAGGCAGAGGACUGGGGCCAACAGUGGGACGAGCAUGGCCAACAGCGAAGGGACAUAGCCCAGGGAGUGGAGGAGGAGAGGGAGUAUAAGAGGCUUCUCCAGGGCUUGUCCUCCCCAUACGCAGACGUGUUCAGUGCCGCUCUGAGCUGCAUCAAGGUGGACCAGCAGCAAGGGCGCGCUGGAAAGCGUUUCCUCCUGGUCCACUUUGAGGCCCAUUCUGCCAAGCCCCUCAGCAGUGAAAGGGGUCUCCCAGAGCUGUUCCAAGGGCUGCCCUUGUUUCACCUGCCCUCCCAGGGACAGGAGCUCCUUGUUCAGCUGGCCAUAGGGUCUAAAGGGCCCAGGGCUGGUAUAGGUGGAUAGAGGGGCUGAAGGACGCUCUAUUUACGGACUGUCUAAGGGGACUCAGGGUUUGAGGAGACAGUGGGAUACCUGAUGAAGGGGUUUCCCCAUAAGUAUGUUGUCAUUGGAGUGGAGAACAGCUGGGAGACUGUGCCCUUACAGCAGAGCAGUCACCCUGAGGCCUAAUUCCUCCCAACCAUCCAAGCCUGCUCACAUCAUCACCCCAACACCCCCAGCCACUCACUUUACAUUAGCGCUGCAAUACACUGGACGCAACUUGUUGGAUGCAGAACCCUUGGAUUAUACUGUAUGUGGUGAUGUUAUUAAGAGGGCUAGAGUUAUUGAGAGUGUAUGAAACAACAACACAGCUGUCACCUUCUGUACACCUUGAGGAUGGACUUCUAUGUGUGACACUAUUAUAUAAGUUAGAGGAGACCUGGGAACAAAGUAACAGUUUAAGCUUUUGUUUAGUAUGAAAAUAAUAUUUGAUGUAGAUUCAUUAUCUUUUUAUACAAACACACAUAUCUUAGCUAACAUUAUACACUGUAAUGAAGUUUACAAUCUGUAGAAAUUAUGAGAAUAGAAAGGUCAUCACACAGAACAGUAUAUGGCAACUAGAAAUCAAAACUGGAUGGUCUUCAGAGAUAGAUGGGAGGGUUGAGGGUAGCUGAAGGAUGGGACUAAAAACAAACAAAAGAUAACUAAUGUAAAGUAUACUGUGUCUGUAAAAUGUAUAUAUAUAUAUAUAUAUCAUAUAUAAAUGUGUAUAAGCUGGAUGUAGAAGUCUAAGUAUUGUUGUCCAUUAGUUUACUCCAAUUAGGGGAGGGGUGGAAGGGUUAGGGGAAAAAAUACAUAUACAGUAUAAAAUACAUAUAAAUAUAAAAAAAAUACAUAUGCAGUACAAGUCAAAUGUUUGGACACACUUAUUCAUUAAAGGGUUUUUCUUUAUUUGAAUGUUCUAUAUUGUAGAAUAAUAGUGAAGACAUCAAAACUAUGAAAUAACACAUGGAAUCAUGUAGUAUCCAAAAAAAGUGUUAAACAAAUCAAAAUAUAUUUUAUAUUUGAGAUUCUUCAAUGUAGCCACCCAUUUGCCUUGAUGACAGCUUUACACACUCUUGGCAUUCUCUCAACCAGCUUCAUGAGGUAGUCACAUGGAAUGCAUUUCAAAUAACAGUUGCGCCUUGUUAAAAGUUUGUUUGUGGAAUUUCUUUCCUUCUUAAUGCAUUUGAGCCAAUCAGUUGUGUUGUGACAAGGUAGAGGUGGUAUAUAGAACAUAGCCCUAUUUGGUUAAAGACCAAGUCCAUAUUAUGGCAAGAACAGCUCAAAUAAGGAAAGAGAAACAACAGUUAAGACAUGAAGGUCAGUCAAUACAGAACCCUUCGAGAACUUUGAACGUUUCUUCAAGUGCAGUCGCAUAAAACCAUCAAGCACUGUGAUGAAACUGUCUCUCUAGAGGACCACCACAGGAAAGGAAGAAGAAAAGUUCCCUCUGAGGCAGAGGAUAAAUUCAUUAGACUUACCAGCCUCAGAUAUUGCAGCCCAAAUAAAUGCUUCAGAGAGUUCAAGUAACAGACACAUCUUAACAUCAACUGUUCAGAGGAGACUGCGUGAAUCAGGCAUUCAUGGUCGAAAUGCUGCAAAGAAACCACUACUAAACCUCUAUUUUCUUAUUCUUAUUUUUUUACGCAUAAUUUUGGGGGGUAUUUCUGUUUUUUAAAUAUUUAACCUUUUUUCAUUAUAUUCUUAUUUUGUUUUCUUUAUUUUAAUUUAAUUUUAUAAUUAGUUUAAAAAAAUGAACUGCAUUGUUGUUUAGGGCUGUUGUAUUCGGCGCAUGUGAAAAAUAAGAUUUGAUUUGAUUUAAAGAAGUGACUUGCUUGGGCCAAUAAACAUGAGCAAUGGACUUUAGACCGGUGGAAAUCUUUCCUUUUGUCUGAUGAGUCCAAAGUUGCAAUUUUUGCCUCCAACUGCCGUUUCUUUGUGAGAUGCAGAGUAGGUGAACGGAUGAUCUCCGCAUGUGUGGUUCCCACCAUGAAGCAUGGAGGAGGAGGUGUGGUGGCGCUUUGCUGUUUACACAUUCAGUGAUUUAUUUAGAAUUCAAGGCACACCUAACCAGCAUGGCUACCACAGCAUUCUGCAGUGAUAUGACAUCCCAUCUGGUUUGCACUUAGUGGGACUUUCAUUUGUUUUUCAACAGAACAAUGACCCAAAACACACCUCCAGGCUGUGUAAGGGCUAUUUGACCAAGAUGGAGAGUGAUGGUUCUGCAUCAGAUGACCUCCCCGACCUCAACCCAGUUGAGAUGGUUUGGGAUGAGUUGGACCGCAGAGUGAAGGAAAAGUAGCCAACAAGUGCUCAGCAUAUGUGGGAACUCCUUCAAGCCUGUUGGAAAAGCAUUCCUCAUGACGUUGGUUGAGAGAAUGCCAAGAGUGUGCGAAGCUGUCAUUAAGGCAAAAGGUGGCUACUUUGAAGAAUCUAAAAUCUAAAAUAUAUUUUGAUUUGUAAAACACUUUUUUGGUUACUAAAUUAUUCCAUAUGUGUUAUUUCAUAGUUUUAAUGUCUUCACUAUUAUUUUACAAUGUAGAAAAUGGUACAAGUAAAGAAAAACCCUUGAAUAAGUAGGUGUAUCGAAACUUUUGACUGGUACAUGUGUGUAUAUAUAUAUAUAUAUAUAUAUAUAUAUAUACACACACACAUUUUUUAUUAUUUAUUUAAUUUAUUUUUUACAAAACAAUAUAUGGGGGAUUGGAAAUGAUGCAGACAAUUACACACAUAGAAGCCACAAUCUGUAAUAUUGAAGUUGAUAUACCACCUGUGUAUAUAUAUAACAAUAUGUUACUAGGACAAGACGAGUUGUUUACAAUUCAACCAAAAGUGGUGGAAGUGAAUUGUCGCUCUUGUAUUUUUCACAGCUAAAAGUAUUUUAUAUAUAAAAUGUAUAAACUUUGGCUACUCUGUUUUUACCAAUCUGAGUCUUGUGUGAAAAUACAACAAUAACUAGAAAAGUACAUCCUGAAGAAAAUGUGGUGUGCAUGCUAGCUUGUGAAUGAUCAAUUGGUUGGUAGGAUAGGAUAGGCUGAACAUGUAAAAGUUGGUUUGGUGUCUCUAGCUUGAACGGAUCAAGAGUGACUGUUGGUGGGAUAUUUUAUGCCAAUGUAUGGAAAUGUAUACAGCUAACGUAAAAAAUAUUUAAGAAUUUGAAGUAAGGAUAGCCUGAACAUGUGAAAGUUGCUUGGUGUCUAUAGUGUGAAUGAUUCAAGAGUUACUGUUGGUGAGUUAUUGUAACGGCUUUCUUGGUGAGAAGGAGAGUCGGACCAAAAUGCGGCGUGGCUAUUGAGAUUCAUGUUUUAAUAAAACAACUAAACAUGAACACUACAAAACAAUAAACGUGGAAAACCAAAAACAGCCCUAUUUGGUGCAAAACACAGAGACAGGAACAAUCACCCACAAAACCCAACACCAAACAGGCUACCUAAAUAUGGUUCCCAAUCAGAGACAAUGAUUCACACCUGCCUCUGAUUGAGAACCAUAUCAGGCCAAACAUAGAACUAGACAAACUAGACAUGAAACAUAGAAUGCCCACUCAUAUCACACCCUGACCAAACAAAACAUAGAAACAUACAAAGCAAACUAUGGUCAGGGUGUGACAGUUAUUUUAUGCUAAUUCAUGCACAUAUGUGGAAUUAUAGUUCAUACAAGUUUUAAAGAAUUUAAAUUUAGGAUAGCCUGAACAUGAGAAAGUUAGUUUGAUGUCUCUCGCUUGAACGGUUCAAGAGUCACUGUUGUUGAGUUAUUUUAUGCAAAUAUAUGCAACUGUGAAUAGUUAUAAUGCAUGUUUCAACAUUAUUGAAUUGGAUAUUAGGAUAGCCUGAACAUGUGAAAGUUGGUUUGGUGUCUCUAAUUUGAACAGUUUAAAGGUUACUGUUGGUGAGCUAUUUUAUCCUAAUUUAUGCACAUUUAUAUAGUUAUAAUUGAUAAAGAUAUGAAAUCAUUUGAAGUUUAGGAUGCCCUGAAUGGUUUACAGUUGGUCUUAUAGCUUAAAUGACCUAGGAGGAAGACCAUUUUAAAUAGUCACAACUGUAUUACUGUGGUUCUCAUUCCAACCCAUGUUAUUUAUGUAAAUGUUAAAUGCAUAAUGUUUAAAAAGUAAAAAAGGCUAAUGGAGCUUUUAUUAACAUUUAAAACAGUUAUAGUUCAAAAAGUAUACAUGAUCCAAAUUUGAAAUCCAAUCAAUUUAAGUUGGGUCAGUUUGAACAUCUCGACGUUGGUUUGGCAUUGAUAGCUUAAGAAGUGGUGUAAGAGGAGAUAAGUGUCACAUGAAGAUUUUUUUUUUACCAUUCAAGUCCAUGUACCAUUUUCAGUUAAAAAUAAUAAAUGCUACAAAAAAAGA